AUGCCGUAUGGGCUUCGAUCGAAAGAGGAUCGAAAGCGGCCGCAGCGAUAUCAUCCAGCUAGUGUUAAAAAUGAUUGGCAGUACCUCAAGCCCGGUUCGGGUACAAUCGAUCUAAAUAAGAGACUCGAAUAUAAUUUCGGUACAGUCCCCGGCAUAGACAGUCAUCAAAUAGAGCUACUGCUGCCGCCGUCGCUCCCACGCCCUUUGAUUUUCAUUAUCAACAGUACUAAACCAACGUCAGCACCUCAACAACCGGCACCAGCGCAAAUUCCUGUCAUUACAAUCGAACGACCACGCUCUCCAGCACAAAUUAUGCCGCAAAUCGUCAGGCAGACCCGCAAGACCAAGCGUCGUCGUGAAGAUGAUGAUCCAACGGGCGACAACGAGACUGGCACUCCGGCUCGCCUGCCGUCAGCCCAUCCAUGGCAACAAUCAGCGGGUGCUCCAUCUACAACACCAUCUAUAUACACAACCCUCACACCAUCAGCAUUCCCUACCAGGUCAUGUAGUCCAGCGCAACCAAAAGACGCGCAAACACUGUCAGUCGAACGCCAGCAGUACGCACGGCGUAUGAUGGAGGCGAGAGAGGCAAAUGAUCAGAAAGGCAUCAAGGAGUGCGAGCAGGCGGUUGAUUGCCUGUAUGCCUGCACUCAACCAAUAGAGAAUCCCCAGGCCGAGUGGUAUAGGCAGCUCAAGGAGCGAUGGGCGCAUGACAACAGCCCUAAAAAGAUCAUGUUUGAAUCACUCUACGCAUCUCUGCGGCAGGUGAUCAUCGAGCGGAUUCGUGACGAGUUGGUGCCACGCAAAUACCACGACCCGUACCAUCCUGUGCAAGUGAUUUUGGAGCUCAACCACACCCAGCUUGCACAGAGCAUGGCUGAUAGUUGUGAAGUCUGGAGCACAAUUCCAGAACACCUCCUCGAGUACAGGCGCCUGAACCCUCUCGCACACGUGGAUCCGGAUACCCCACCUCCCCGUGAAUUAGUCAGGGCUAUUGGCUACUUGAAACAGAACCAUCUUGCAGGGAAUCUUUUGGGUGAAUGGCAGAUGCCAUUACCUUCUGCGGAGUGUUUCGCAUCCUUUGCUGAAGAGUCAUCAAAUUCUAUCUCGAUCUCUAACCUGGAUAAUGAGAUGUUUGCGGCGUCUGACUUUGAAACCGAUCCAAUUGCUACAGGCAAUGGGCAGCUAGUAGUGGGUGAUGCUGGCAGCUCUCGAGCCCCUCUUGAAGGCCUCGAUCGGUACGACGCAGCCGGAUGUUCGAGGUCAAGGUCGCAAACUCGUAUAGACGACACUUCUGUGACCACAACUGCUAUUCUACCGGCUCCUAGACGUCGUCAAUCAAUAAGCUGGAAAUCUGGCGAACAAUCUGUCUGGACACCGAUGGAUUUCGCUCCUGGUGCAUCGCCGACGCGAAACGGGUCAAAAGAAGACUAUCCCUUUCGAAAGAUGGACCCUUCUGAAGAAGAGGGUACAUGGCACUCUGACUUGGAAACUCGAUCUAGGAUGAUUGCAAGCAUGCGUCAUGAUCUAGGGGAUAGGACAACAUUGCAUCCUGUUGCAGGUCGAACUGCACGUGACCCGGAAAUACACUCGGCCUGGUUAGCUAAUCCCAAGCGAACUGGCCUCAUGUCGUCCUCUAGGCCUGAAUAUGCUCAGAGCUCUUUACUUAAUACAUUGGAAGAGCGCGAAAACUUCUUGACCCGAUCAGCAAAAGCGGCCCAAGGGAAGCCAUCCCCAUCGACUGGGAUUCCAUACACAAGUCUCCCUCGCACACAGACUCUCCCAGUGCCAUACGAGAUCAAGCAUCCCUCCAACGGUCUCAUACACAACACCUCUCGGGUUCCCUACUGCGAGGUGGAUCGAAUGCUCACAGAGGGAGACGACUAUAUCCCACCGAGUACGAAACUGCAAGAUCGCGAAAAUGACGGAAAAAUCCCGUCAUCCCGCUCCAAAAAGGGAAAGGGUAUGGUGGCGGACAGCCUGACAGCAGCAGAGCACGCCGAGAUCAAAAGGAAAACAACAGAAAUGUAUAGAGAACUCUGCAUUCCUUUGGACCAGCGCCAGCCCGUGGAGCCAAAGCUUAAGAAGCCCAAGAAACUCGCGGGCAAGACUAUAGCUCCGUCUGCGUCGACGUCUAAAUAUACGUCUGUGCCUACAGAGAACGGAACCCGUGGAGUAUCACCAGCACAAACUACCGUCGUUGCGCCUCCCGUCGGCCAAAACACACUCGCUCUCGUUCCCGCCCCGCCUCAGCAAUACCCCCAAAUCACCACUCCUUCACUACAGCAACAACAAAGCAGUCUCUCGUCCACACAAGCCCAACCUACUCAGACCUUGACAAACCAACACACCACACCAGGCACACCUUACCCCACCGCCACCACCGCAGCAACACAGACCCUCCAACCAGCAAUGCCACGUCCUUCUACCUACGCCACCGCUCUCGCCCCCACCACUUCACCCCAGUCCAGUCCCCAAUUACCGGAAUCAACCGCAGUACCAAUGGUCAAACCGCCUCCCAAUCUGCCACGCAUGUUAACACCGACAAUACCGUUGACACCACCAUCUAAACUCCCACCGCUUCCCACACCUCUUGUUCAAAACGCAGGUACCGCUACGACAACACCGGUGGUUCUCUCGUUGCCAGUGGGCUAG